UCCACAGGUGCUAACAUUUGCACAUCCCGAGGAGUGAACACAUGCAGGGAAUGCCUCGCGGUCCACCCCAGCUGUGGCUGGUGCUUUCAGGAGGACUUUGGUCGUGGAACUGCAAGCUCAUCUCGCUGUGACCUCAAGGAGAGUUUACUGCAGAAGGGAUGCAGUCAGCAGUUUAUUGAAUACCCCACCAGCACCUUGAGUAAGCAGCAGGACAAGCCCCUGAGUGGGACGGGAUCCGGAGCAGGGUCCGAUGCCACACAGAUUUCCCCCCAGAAACUGAAAAUGAACCUGCGACCUGAUGACUCUCAGAAGUUCACGGUCCAGGUGCGGCAGGUGGAGGACUAUCCCGUGGAUCUCUACUACCUGAUGGAUCUGUCCUACUCCAUGAAGGAUGACCUGCAGAAACUCCGCACUCUGGGCAAUGAUCUGGCCACCGCCAUGGGCAAACUCACCAGCAACCUGCGCAUGGGCUUUGGGGCCUUUGUGGACAAGCCACUCUCCCCAUACAUGUUCAUUUCUCCCCAGGCUGCCAUAGACAACCCCUGCAUAGGCAUUCAGAUGACAUGUAUGCCCCAGUUCGGCUACAGGCAUGUUCUGACUCUGACGGAUCAGGUGAGCCGGUUCAAUGAGGAGGUGAAGAAGCAGGAUGUCUCUCGAAACAGAGACGCUCCUGAGGGGGGAUUUGACGCCAUCAUCCAGGCUGCUGUCUGCAAGGAGAAGAUCGGCUGGCGUCAGGGUGCUUCUCAUCUCUUGGUGUUCACCACUGAUGCCAAGACCCACGUGGCUCUGGACGGCAGACUGGCAGGCAUAGUGCAGCCUAACGAUGGGAAGUGCCACGUCGGGGAAGACAAUAACUAUGCAGGGUCCACCACUCUGGAUUAUCCAUCACUGGCCCUGCUGACGGAGAAGAUGUCUGAAAAUAACAUCAACCUAAUCUUUGCUGUCACAAACCCUGUGGAGGAACUCUACCGGAAUUACAGUGAGCUGAUCCCCGGAACCACAGUGGGGAUCCUAUCACAUGAUUCAGGGAAUGUCAUCCAGCUCAUUGUGGAUGCCUAUGCUAAAAUCCGUUCGAAGGUAGAGUUGGAACUCCUGGAUCUCCCUGAUGAGCUGUCCCUGUCCUUCAAUGCCACCUGCACAAACGGAGAGAUCAUUCCCGGGCAGAAGUCCUGCUCUGGGCUGAAGAUCGGAGACACAGUGACCUUCAGUGUGGAGGCCCGCGCCAGAGGCUGCCCCAAGGAAAAAAACAGGACCUUCACCAUCAAACCAGUGGGCUUCAAAGACUCUCUGCAGAUCACAGUGAACUUCGAGUGCGAUUGCAACUGCCAGGCCCUGGCCGUGCCCGCUAGCCCGCUCUGCAAUAACGGCAAUGGAACGUAUGAGUGCGGGAUAUGCCAGUGCCUGCCAGGGCGCUUGGGCCCACGAUGCGAGUGCUCUGAGGGAGACUACAACCCCAGCCAGCAGGAUAAGUGCAGCCCCAAGGCUAACAGUUCCAUCUGCAGCGGGCACGGCGAGUGUAUCUGUGGCCAGUGCGUGUGCCACAACACCGACUUCGGGAAGUACUGGGGCAAGUUUUGCGAGUGUGAUGACUUCAACUGUGUGAGCUACAAGAGCAAGCUCUGUUCAGGCCAUGGGAAGUGCAGCUGUGGAGACUGCCUGUGUGAUCCAGACUGGAAGGGGGAUUACUGUAACUGCUCAACACGCACAGACACCUGCAUGUCCAGCAUUGGGCUGCUGUGCAGCUCCAGGGGACAGUGUGUCUGUGGGACGUGUGAGUGCACCCAGCCCGGCGCCUACGGGGACACCUGCGAGAAAUGCCCUACCUGUCCCGAUGUCUGCACCUUCAAGAAGGAUUGUGUGGAAUGCAGAAAUUUCCAGAGGGGCAAACUCAAUGAUGACAAGACUUGCGCACGAAUCUGCAGAGAUGAAAUCAUACUGGUGAAAGACCUUGGUUUGCAUGAUAAGAAUGCUAUGAAUUGUACCUACAAAGACGAAGAUGACUGUGUGGUGAGGUUCCAGUACUAUGAGGAUGCCAGUGGAACAUCAGUCCUCUAUGUGGUCGAGGAACGAGAAUGCCCGAAGGGUCCUGACAUCCUGGUGGUCCUGUUAUCGGUGGCGGGCGCUAUCCUGCUCAUCGGCCUGGCUGCCCUGCUAAUCUGGAAGCUGCUCAUCACCAUUCACGACCGCCGCGAGUUUGCCAAGUUUGAGGAGGAGCGUGCCCACGCCAAGUGGGACACGGCUAAUAAUCCCCUGUACAAAGGAGCAACCUCCACCUUCACGAAUGUGACGUACCGUGGAAAUGCAGAGUGACACUAAGGAGCGCAGAGACUCGGGGGUGGGGGUGGUUUACAUGGGCUUGAGGGGAUUGGAAAAGAGAUUGUGAAUGUUAUCAGGAGCCAAAUUGAAAUGUAACUCAGGAUAAUCCCUCACCUGUGCAUUGUUAGUGACAUUUGGUUUCUCAUACAAAGGGGUGGGGGAAUAGGGGUAUCAGUAUUGUGGAUGUGGGGGGUAAAAUAGAACUUUGCUAACUUAAAAACAAAAAAAGAAGUUAAUUAGAAUUAUUGAAAGAUGUAAUUUAAAUUAUGCUGAAGGCAUGACAAUUUAACAAAAGAAACCCAGUACUGAGUGCUUAAUUUAUAGUGUAACUGUUACAUUGCUGUACAUCACUGAUAACUCCCUAUUUUAAUAAUUAGCAACUGCAUCUCGGCUUCUGCCUUUUUCAGAUAGCAUGGCAGAAAUAGCUAGGUAGAUUGAUGUAGUUGUUUUAUAUUUUAGAUAUAUAUAAAAUGCACACAUAGCAUCUGGGAUAGUACAUGAGAAUAAGUCGAUUUAUUUUUAACUUUUUGAAAGAUUGCAAUUGCAGAACAAUAAGAGCAGAAAAUAAAGCUUUAAAAUUCAGAGCUUCCAAAACUGCCAUUGAGCCCCCAUAUUAUAGAGAUCUUUCCUCCUAUCUGAAAUAACUAUCAUAUUCUAUAGCAGUAGCCAAAACACUAGUUCAUAUAGUGUAAUGUAGUACAGCAAAGCUUUUUGGUCCCGGCUAUAGAAUACUGUAAUGUUUUAGCAUUGUGUAUGUGCUACUGAUACUGUUGUGUUCUUCCUACAUUUUUAAAUGCUAGUUAGGACUCUGUAAUGAGUAGGGCUACACAGUUUGAAAUGGUUUUGGAGUUACUGGCUUGAGCCUCUACUGGGAGAUGGGCUUGUUCUCUGAGCUUGCGUUUGCAUGUGUGUGUGGAUGUAUUUGUAACUGAUAGAAUACAAUGAUUGGGGAGGGGGUGCCACGGACCUCCUUUCCAGGACAGAAUCACUGUCCAGCACUCAGUUACAUGUAGAGCUAUGUUUAUAAAAUGGGUAGAGAGGAUAAGAGGAGCAGUAGGCAGGGCUAGUGUCUAUGUUUGUUUAGCUACUGUGUUUCAUUAUGAUUGUUUGGACAAUUUUAACUUGAGGCAACUUUCAAGUAACCUUUAUCUGGCAACUGUAGAGAAACAAAGUUUUGAUAUAUGCUUGAAUAUUUAGUUACUGGUUGCUUUGUCAUAAAAAUGGCUUGUUAUUUUAUUGUCAAAAUACCCAGGCAGUAUGUGUAAAAGGUGGAUGCUGAAAUUCGAAAUAUGACUUCCCCUGUUGGUGAAAAAAAAGAUUGUCUUUGCAAAUGAUAGAACUAUGACAAUAAUAUGACAGCAGUGAAUGCAGAAAAUUCACAUUAGAAUACUAUACUGUACAAAUUCCCCCACUCCCCGUCCGGACACAUCCUUACUGGGUAAGGAAGAGCUAAUUCUGUUGUAUCCAUGGUGUUAUACAUAUGUAGCUUACUUUGUUUAUACACAAAUUAUCUUAUGCCUGGGCCUCUAUUAGUUACAUUAUGACGCAGGACCAAAACUGCUUUGGUUUCUACUGUUAGACUUCUUCAUUUCCAUCAGUAGCAGUUCGAGAUCAAAUUGAUUUCUAUUGGGACUCUGUCAGACCCAGUUAAAAUUUUGGGCUGGUAGGACCCAGUCUCUCAAUCCUUUCUAAUAGUGGAAGUUACCUUCUGAACGUCCAGAGUGAAGGCGUCAGUCUCUCUAACUCACACUUAUGGUGGAAGGUAACUACUGAGUGUCCAAUGCAAAGUGCAGGAAGAGAGAGGUGGGUUUAAGUUUCAGACUGCAAAAAAAUAUGUAGACAGAACAUUAGGGAUGUGAAUAUAUAACACUAUCAGGAACAUGUUAGAGUUUGAAUUAAUUCAUAAUUAGCGUGAUAUGUGAUACCUAGAGAAUAAUGCAUGUGGUAGGGUGUGAUGUGAAAAUGUAACGCCCUUCCGAGGGAUGGGAUGCUACUGAGGGUGGGCAUUAGAUUCUCAUUUAUCACACACUACCCCAUGCAGUAUUUUUUAUAAUCUGCGGUCAGCAAAUUCCUGCCAGAGUUUUAAAUUGAUGUGCUGCUUGCUGUGGGAGCUUACUCUACUUAGUCUGUGUCCAGUGAGUUAUUAGCUUGCGCUGGAGUUGCACUCUGUUGCUGGUUUUAAUGAACUCGUGUUUCUCGCAAUAUCCAUCCUGUUACUACGUGAAAUAUCAACUGAAUUAGCCCAUUCAGUUGCUCAGCAGUUAUAUAUGAUGUGUUUUUUGUAAUGUGCCAGAGAUGGAAUGGGCAGCAGCCUCAGUUUGAUAGUAGAACAAGACUGGAGUUUAAACUGACUGGUUUCAAGCUGCAGAUGGAAAUGUGACAUUUGUUCAGUACCGCAUAGGUCAAAGUAGUUGCACUUGGAAAAAAGUUUGUGGAAAAGAAAGUCAAAUCAAACUGCAGCUCCCAGAAUUCUAUUUACUGCAGAUUUAUUUUCCAGUUUCUAUCCACUGAAGCUAAAGGCUGCAACAACAAAGCAGCUCUUCACUCAUAAAAAUAUAUAUAUAUUUUAGAAAGUGUUUGUCCACCAGUCCAAUACCACUGCAAUAAUAUAGUUGCUGUUUACUGUAUUGUUAUAAAGAUAUUUGAAGACUUGUAAAGGAACUUGUAGGUUCGCUAUAAAUUACACAGGAGUGUGUUUUGAAUAGAUCAUUGUCUACUUAUGAACUCAACAGGAAACUAUGUUCUGCUAUUUGCAAAUUUGGACACAUAUAACAAAGUGUUAUGGCAACUUGUUUACUUGGAAUGCCUCCACCUCAUAUUAUACAGAUGGGCACAGCCUAGUCAUUAGCUGUAGAGCAGUGUAUGUUUGUGGAAACCUGCUGAAAUGCGUUAGUCAUUUUGCUCUGUGGAGACUCAUAACGGAAAAGCAGGAAACAUUCCUGGGCCACUAUCAGCCAGCACAUAUUUCUAAACUUUCCUGCUUCAUUUGAUACUGAACAUGACCUAAAACAUUCCAGUAAUACAUUAGUGUAUUAAUCCUAAUCUGACCUGCCUUUCAUCAUAUUGGUGUAGAAACAUAUCUCUCUGAGCUUUGAUAAACUGCAAAAAUAAAGCAGCUGUUAAUCAUAUUUCUUACUAAAGCAAGUAGGUGAUCCUCCCUGCCCUGGCUGUACAUUUUAAAUUAUUAGCAUGAUGAAAAAAUAGAGCAUGACAAAUAUCAGCAGUGUGUACAGAAUAGUAUAGAAUAAGAACUGGCAAUGAAAUGCUUCAUUUUCAUCCACAGCGGGGGGAUAAUGAUGUUGGUUGGUGUCUGUUCACUACAGUCUGCCAUAGCUUUGUGGACUUUAUGAGAAUGAACUGUGCUGGUUUACAUUGUGACUUCACUGCUCAAGGCAAGGAGCUGUGGUACUGGUGUGCUGAACCAUUGGAGAUGUACGUGCUUUAGGACUUGGUCAAGCAGACAAAUCAUCUUUUGCAUAGUGGCUUGCUUAUAUUCUUAUAUGUAACACAACCCAUUGUAUAAAGGAUACAGUAAUGCCCAGUUGGGUCGAGGUUAUAUGAAUAGGAAAAUACUAGGUUCAUAUUUAUGAAACUGUUGUUAAUAAAACCACCUAUAGUGCAGAAUAGUUUCAGGAAUAUCAAACUUGGUUUUAUUAAGAACAACAGACUUUAAAUGACUUACAAGUUAAAAAGUUUGCCUGAUUUCUUAUGCUUAUAUUUUGACCACGACAAUUUUAAUACAUUUGGAAUUGAUCACACAAACCCAACAUGUUGCUUGUUUCCCUCUGCUGUUAUAUUGACAGGUGAUGUUGGAUAGCUUCUUAGAGGACAAAGCCUUGCUUUAUAUCUUCAUAAAGGACACUGCAACUUUCAUUUAUUUUAUUCACACUGUAUUGCGCUGAUUUCUACGCCUUUUGGAUGUAUUUUUUUUUUUUUGUAAAUAUUUUUUACUGUAAAAGGUUGUUAAGGGAUUCUGUUAAACUUUUUUUUUUUA